AUGGCUUUCAAGAGCACCCUCCCUCCCUUCGAAAAGCGGCCAAGGUCACAAAACAAUUGGGCCAGCGCGAAUGCAAAACUUGUUUAUGCCCUUCGCGAAAACUUUUCGGUGUCGACAUGGAUCCUCCUUGGAGCUCUGCUUCAGUCCCUGGUGGUCUUGGUCAUACCUCGCUUCUACGCCAUGCUUCCGUCCCUUCUUGUACUCGGGAUCCGUCUAGCAGACACCAUGGCCAUUACCUUUGGUCGGAAGAAAAACCACUAUCUCGACGAUGCUCUCCUGUAUCGCACUUCUCCGCAGAUCCCGGACGAAGAUGGCACUUUCCAUGAGGAAGCGUCGGAGGAGAAACUCGCCGUCUUCAUGUUGGGAGCGAAAGUCAAUCACCCACUCGGGAUUUUUGCACCAAACGUCAAGACGGUCGGCGACUACCUGACCAAAAUGAUCGAGGACCUCGAGGCCGAGAAUACCGACCUUGGCUUCUACGGCGGUUCCAGUUGGACAAACCAGGACAAGAAUGGCGCCACCGAGAUUCUGAACCUCAGUUAUUGGCGGUCCGCGGAGGACAUUCACAAAUUUGCGUACGGCAAGCUGCACCGCGAAGGGUGGGACUGGUGGAACAAGCAUGUCAAGGAAAACGAUCACAUUGGCAUCAACCACGAAAUCUUCGAGGUGGACCGCAAACACUGGGAGGCCAUCUACGUCAACUUCCAACCCACGCUGCUGGGCGCCACGACGUAUCUGAGAAAAGGCGACAAGAUGGUCGGCGGCACGGUCGAAGACCAGUGGAUCUCCCCUCUCAUUGACGCCAGCAAGGGCAAGCUGCGGAGCAGUGCUGGCCGACUAGGCCGAAAACCCGAGGAGCUCUAUCAGAAGCAUGGGCUGGCCCCGGGUGCUACUUACGAGUCAUGA